AAUCAAUGUCGGUGUUUCUUUAUUUCAGAUUGACUGUAAAAAAAAAAAAAAGUGAAAUGAUGAGGAGAAAAGGAGCAGGGUGUGAGCUUAACACCUGAUUAAGCCUUCAGUGAGACUGGUGAAGCUUGUGGAAAUGGCUGUUCAUUGUUUACUAAUGUCACUCUAUUGUGUGUGGAUAUUUGGGAAUGUAAUCGUCAUAGUUCAAUCAACUACCACACCAGACUACAACAUCUCAGGAGCAGUGGAAGUACCGCCUGGUUGCUGGUGCGUGUGCGAGUCAGAGGAGAGCAGCACACUGUCUGAGACAGAGCUCACAGUCUACCGAGAAAAAGUAUUCAUAGAGACCCAGAAAAACUUGCUUUUGGACAAAACAGCCCUCUCAGCCACAAAAAGAAUGAAAUACUCCGCCACUGACAACAGAAUAAUAGCGUCCACCUUUGGCUACACAGGUGUAGUGUCCCUGGUUCUAGUUUUUCUGAUCUUUAUAUGGAUGGACUCCACUUACCUACAUAAAUUCGCAGCCUCUUUGGGUCUGACAGUUGAUCCGAAAAGCAAAUAAAAGCACCGGAAAAUAUUUCAACAUUAGUUUUGUCUUAUCAUUUGGGUGUGUGUUUGUUAUCUUAUCUUAUAAAAUACAGACGUUACUUUAAAAGAAAUAAGAUGAUUACGUCCAACGC